AUGCAGGCUCUUUACCUUCUCUUUGCUCUUCUCUUCUUGGUUUUCCAGGACCAGGCUCAGUCCAAGGAGCAGGAUGAACCCCAGGAACCUGCCUUACUGGAUCAGAUAGAAGGAGCCAGGGUAGUCCGGGAAAUAAGUAGCUCCUGUCUUGCCCGAAGGGGUCAGUGCCGACUUGGGUUCUGUCCCUGGAAGGAAACGAAGAUCACAUCCUGUGGUUUUGGUAGGCCCUGCUGUAAGAAAGUGAUAUAA